AUGUUACUCACAGUCAAACUUCUCCUGGGCCGGAGAUGCAGUGUGAAGGUGUCGGGACAAGAAAGUGUGGCCGCACUGAAGAAGCUGGUGUCACAGCAGCUACAGGUGCCUGAGGAGCAGCAGCACCUGCUGUUUCGUGGCCAGCUCCUGGCAGAUGACAAGUGCCUCUCGGAUUACUGCAUCGGGCCCAAUGCCUCCAUCAAUGUCAUUGUGCGGCCCCUGGAGAAGGUAGAGCUGGAGAACGCUCCUCAGCCCCAGCCCCUGUGGCAGCAGCUGGACCGGGUCCUGGCCAAACACUUUGGGCCGCAGGAUGCCAAGGCUGUGCUGCAGCUGCUGAGACAAGAGCAUGAGGGGCGCCUGCAGAGGGUAAGCCUACAGGACCUGGAGCAGCUGGCACAGUCCCUCUUGGCAGAGCAAUGGUGUGCAGAAAUGGCCAGAGAGCAGAGCCUGAGGUCAUGGCCCCAGGGCUCAUGCGAUACCCAGGAGCAGAAGGAGAAAGAGAAAGAGGAGAAGGAGGUGGAGACAGCUGUGAAGACAGAGGAGGAGUCUGCUAACCUGUAAACUGGACCAUCCUACUCACUAG